CGAAAGUUCAUUUGAGUCCCUAACUUCAAGAUAUAACUUUAUUUGCGAAACUUUCCUUACAUUAAAAGCGAAAUCGUUGCACGCGAGGGCUGCAGCAUGUUGUCUUUGACCAAAAUCGCAAAUCAAACUCGAGUCUUUGGUGGCUUGCAGGUUUUUAAAACAUGUUCCUCUCGAAGAGCGAUAAACAGGAGAGAUGUCGACACAAAUCAGGUUAACGUAGUCUCUGUCAGGCGAAUGAGUUUUAAUGUCCCAACGAGCGCAGAGUUUGUGGCGCGAGUCAGCGGCAUCGCCACGAUGUGUAAAUUACCGUUUCACAAAACAGCCGACGGUCUCGACGCCGCUUUUGUCGGAGUACCGAUCGACACCGGGACAUCUAACCGACCGGGUGCAAGAUUUGGUCCUAGACAUAUCAGGGCAGAAUCGGCUAUGAUAAGAGCAUACAACGGCUGGACACGCGCCGCACCGUAUGAAUCGAUGAACGUUGCAGAUAUUGGUGACGUAAAUGUCAAUCUCUUUGAUCUGAAGGACACCUGCAAGAAAAUCCGCGAGGCCUACCGCGAAAUAGUGGCAACCGACUGCAUCCCACUUACAUUGGGAGGUGAUCAUACCAUUGCAUACCCAAUUCUUCAAGCUGUUGCUGAGAGACAUGGACCGGUGGGCCUGAUACAUGUAGAUGCCCAUGCAGACACAAGUGACAUGAUUCUGGGUGAGAAGAUCGGGCACGGGACUCCUUUCAGGCGAUGCGUGGACGAGGGCCUGUUAGACUGCAAGAGGGUGGUACAGAUCGGGCUAAGGGGACCAAGUUAUUUACCAGACAAUUACGAGUGGAGCCGAGCACAGGGUUUCCGUGUAGUGGAGGCUGUUGAAUGCUGGCACAAAUCUCUUGUUCCACUCAUGGAGGAGGUUCGGGCUCAGAUGGGAACCGGACCUGUUUAUCUCAGUUUUGACAUAGAUAGUCUGGACCCUGCAUUUGCUCCAGGCACAGGAACACCAGAGAUCGCAGGUCUCACACCCAUUCAGGGUCUUGAAAUCAUUCGAGGUUGUCGGGGCGUAAACCUCGUAGGAUGUGAUUUAGUUGAAGUUGCUCCAGCCUAUGACACCACAGGUAACACUGCUUUGACCGGGGCUAAUCUACUUUUUGAAAUGUUAUGCGUCCUUCCAAAAGUUAAAUACUAUUAAUUGCUUAAAGUUUCAAUUUCAUACUUUCUCUGAAAGUAAUCUACACUGUGACUUAAUACGUACAUAAGCUUUUUUUAUUCACGUACCAAAUGAACAUACAGUAUAACAUCGGCAGCACAUUUGAUAAAUGUAUUAAGUGCAUUGUUGAUUUUUCCUCAAAAUCUGAAUAUUAAACAAACCAAACUAAUUAUGUUUCUAAAACGGUUCAAAAACCGUUUCCACAAAUAUGGAAAUAAUAAAACAUUUUAUUUGAUAUUCAUUCGAUAAUUUCAUUUUUUAAGGAUAACAUAAUAACAUGACAAUACUUUACACCACAGACAUUACAGUAAAUAUAUUUCCAUUCAGGGUUAAUAAGCCAUUAAAAUUUGGCAUGGUUCAACAUUGACUAUCUUAAAUGUAAGAUAUUUGCCAGUGCAUUGCAAGAAAGUAAAAUAAAUGCUAUACGUAUACAACAGUAAAACUAAUACCACGUCACAAAUAGUGUAAUGAAUGUUCAUGGAACACCAUACAAAUAAAGUUUUAAAGUCCUUAUAAAUCAUUGCUCGAAACAUCUCAGUAUGGAAGACUUCAUAAAGGAGCCCAAUAUUCUCCUUUCUUUGCAUCUGUGAUAGUUACAGUGCAUCAUGAAAUAUCUUAUAUAAAUGACAUGACAACAUAAAGUGAGUCUGACUGACAAACAUUCACAAUACUUCACAUAUCAUCUUAUGUUUUGUGUUUCUGUCAGCUGUUUAGACUCAGAACUAGCAAUGCCUGAUUUAUGUCCUGUAAAGACUUGUUUAGCAUGCCACAGCAUAAAAAUGAAAGCUGGAUAAAAAUGUUGAUGAUGAUCUA